AUGGCAUCAACAGCAAAAAAUCUUGAUACUGUUCAAACAUUUAAAAUUCUUAUUAUUGGAGAUUCAGGUGUGGGAAAAAGUUCAUUAAUGGUUCGUUUUGUUGAUGAUAUUUUUACAGCUGCAUAUAUUACAACAAUUGGAGUAGAUUUUAAAAUGAGUACGAUUAAUGUUGAUGGACAUCAAUGUCGAAUACAAAUAUGGGAUACUGCAGGUCAAGAGCGUUUUCGUGUUAUUACAAGUACAUAUUAUCGAGGUGCUGAUGGUGUGAUUAUUGUUUAUGAUGUAACAAAUGGUGAAAGUUUUGCUAAUUUAAAAGAUUGGAUUACAGAAAUGGAACGUCAUUGUGAUAAAUCAGUCCCAAAAAUUCUUGUCGGUAAUAAAGAUGAUAAUGAUAAUGAAGCGGGUAAAGUUGUCUUAACUUCUGAUGCACGUGCAUAUGCUGAACAAAAAGGUUUACCAUUCUUUGAAACAUCAGCAAAAGAUAGUAAAAAUAUAGCUGAAGCAUUUAAUGAAAUAACCAGUCUUGCACUUAAACGACGUCUUAAUCAAUCGAAUAAUGGACAAACACCUACUGGUGGUACACGUAUUGGAGCAAAACGAACAGUAGUUGGUGGUACACCAAAAAAAUGUUGUGCUACGUGA